AUAACGGUGAGAUAUAUCUGAGCCAGGAAGGCAAAUUGAUUGCCUUCCUGAUUGGUCUGAUCUGUUUAAAAGAUUAAUCACCAUUGUUUUAACCUUCAUGAAUUCCGGAUUAGAUAAAAAGAGUUUCUUGCUCAGCAAAGCAGAGAAAAGCAGGCUGUGGUGUGGCAUGAGCGCACAAGGAAGGGAAAAACACUGCACCGAAGACAAACGCCGGCGAGCAGCAAGGCACACAGGACACCUGGGCAAAGCGGGGGAAAAACACGGCUGAAAAUGCAGUGGACUCUAAUCCUCCUUCUUGGUAGCUCCUUGGCUGAAACUACUUGGGGCUGGACGUACCACUACUCAAAGGAAACCAUGACCUGGGCCAAGGCUCGGCAGUACUGCAUGACCAAUUACACAGACAUGGUGGUCUUCCAAAGCCAGGAGGAGAAUGACUAUCUCGUCUCCCUGCUGCCAAACAGAACUGGGACUCCAUAUUAUUGGAUUGGAAUCACCAAAACCCACAUGAAUGAAACCUGGACCUGGCUGGGCAACAACAGCACGUGGAUCGGCAACGGGUCGUGGGCAGACGACGAGCCCAACAACAACCACAGCACAGAGUUUUGUGUGGAGAUCUACAUCAAUAUAGGCGAACAACGAGGGAAGUGGAAUGAUGAGAAAUGCUCCAAUAAGAAAUAUCCCGUUUGUUACCAAGCCCAGUGUAACGAAACAGCAUGCGGCCGAGGAACAUGUCGGGAGACUAUCAACAGCAUAACCUGCCACUGUGAACCUGGAUUUAAAGGAGACAGGUGCCAAACAGCGGUGGAAUGUCCCCAUCUGCCCCAGAGUGAUAACGGAGACGUAAGCUGCUCAGAGGGAAACCAGACAUUUAACUCAACCUGUCAACUAAAAUGCCAUCUCGGCUUCAUGCUGACGGGGUUAUCAACCAUUACCUGCGGGGCCAAUGCGGUCUGGAGUGGCCCAAGACCUACUUGCAGAAGCUAUAAACAUGCUCUUUUAGCUGUGGUUGGGUGUGGCGCCCUCUCAGCCGUCUGCUGCGUCUGUUGUUGCUGGAUGAAACGCAGAAAAAGGAAGACACAUGCCCAACGAAGGCAGCCUGAAGAAGUGACAUGUCCAUCCAGUGAGGUGCACGGAUAAAGGAACCUUGUGUGUGUCUUAUUAAAGUAGAUAUACAAUGACCCAAAUGCAGUUACUCAUAUUAAUUAUAUUACACUUUUAAUAAAUAACACUGCAGUCACUGGCUGCACAUGCUAUAUGCAGAGAUGUGUUGGAUUAGCAAGUUAAAUAUACUGUAUUUUAAAACUUGAUUUGAAUAUAGAGCGUAAAUAGUUUGUUUAUGUGAUAGUUUAUCAGGUCAUGUGUAUGUAACCUCUUAACAUGCUUUAAAUAACAUUAGAGUCAAAUUUCUGCUGUAUCUUUGUUAAAUAUAAAUGUUUGAAUUAAAUAAAAUACUUUCUAAA